GGUGGUUCAGCCCGAGAGGCCGGCGUCUUUCCCCCAGUUUGCUGUUCACCCGGAGCGCUCCGGACUUGCUGAUAGUGGUGACGGCGGCAACAUGUCUGUGGCGUUCGCGGCCCCGAGGCAGCGAGGCAAGGGGGAGAUCACUCCCGCCGCGAUUCAGAAGAUGUUGGAUGAAAAUAACCAUCUUAUUCAGUGUAUAAUGGACUAUCAGAAUAAAGGAAAAACCACAGAGUGUUCUCAGUAUCAGCAGAUGUUGCAUACAAACUUGGUCUAUCUUGCUACAAUAGCAGACUCUAAUCAAAAUAUGCAGUCUCUUUUACCAGCACCACCCACACAGAAUAUGCCUAUGGGUCCUGGAGGGAUGAAUCAGAGCGGCCCUCCCCCACCUCCACGCUCUCACAGCAUGCCUUCAGAUGGAAUGGUAGGUGGGGGUCCUCCUGCACCACACAUGCAGAACCAGAUGAACGGCCAGAUGCCUGGGCCUAACCAUAUGCCUAUGCAGGGACCUGGACCCAAUCAACUCAAUAUAACAAACAGUUCCAUGAACAUGCCUUCAAGUAGCCAUGGAUCCAUGGGCGGUUACAACCAUUCCGUGCCAUCAUCACAGAGCAUGCCAGUCCAGAAUCAGAUGACAAUGAGUCAAGGGCAACCAAUGGGAAACUAUGGCCCCAGACCAAAUAUGAAUAUGCAACCAAACCAAGGUCCAAUGAUGCAUCAGCAGCCUCCUUCUCAACAAUACAAUAUGCCACAAGGAGGUGGGCAGCAUUACCAAGGCCAGCAGCCACCUAUGGGAAUGAUGGGUCAAGUUAACCAAGGCAAUCAUAUGAUGGGUCAGAGACAGAUUCCUCCCUAUAGACCACCUCAACAGGGCCCACCACAGCAGUACUCAGGCCAGGAAGACUAUUAUGGGGACCAAUACAGUCAUGGUGGACAAGGUCCUCCAGAAGGCAUGAACCAGCAGUAUUACCCUGAUGGAAAUUCACAGUAUGGCCAACAGCAAGAUGCUUACCAAGGACCACCUCCUCAACAGGGAUAUCCACCCCAGCAGCAGCAGUACCCAGGGCAGCAAGGCUAUCCCGGACAGCAGCAGGGCUACGGUCCUUCACAAGGUGGUCCAGGUCCUCAGUAUUCUAACUACCCACAGGGACAAGGUCAGCAGUAUGGGGGGUAUAGACCCACACAGCCUGGACCACCACAGCCACCACAGCAGAGGCCUUAUGGAUAUGACCAGGGACAGUAUGGAAAUUACCAGCAGUGAAAAAGUACUUACAUUCCAAUAGCCAGUAUCUAUUAGCAGCCAUAUUGUCACCUCAGCACUGUGGACACCUCCUUGUGAAGAGAUCCUUCCAUUCCAUCUAGUUUUUGGAAAAACCUUGUGGAUAAGUGGCUGUUUCAUCCAUAAGCAGCCUUUGUGGCUUAGUUGUAACAGGCUUAGUAGCUCAAAAAUACUCUUAAUUUCACAUUUCUACUCUAGAUGGCAACAUUGGACAGAAAAUACGACAUAACCGAUUUGCAAUGAUUUCGGAACUAUUUCAAAUGGACUGUUACAGACUGAAAGGUGUGAACAGCUUUGUAUGUUUAUGAAGGUUAAGGGAAUUUAAUACUUUUCCACAGAUUCUUUUGUAAGGGGAAGAGGGAAAUGUACACUUUUUACAGCAGCAAUAUUUUGUAUAUUAUGUUUAUUUCAUGUGGUAAAUAUGCAAGGCGGUACACUACGCAUUGGACAGAAUCAUAAUUCCUCUCUUAAUGUGGAUUGUAGCAUGGUGGAUGCUUGAUUGUGUUGGUUUCAGUAUGGUGUACUAUAAAGAUAAAGGUGAGGGAGAAGACCAUAUGUCCACUGUUAAUGUUCUUAAGAGAAAAUUAAGAUCCCUUUUAUCUGUCAGAUAAUCAAGGGCACUGUGAUACAGUUUUGAGUAAAUUGUCAUUUUUUUAAAGCUUUCCAGUUUUGUGGAUUAUAACCUUUUUAUAAAGAUCAUUUAUAAUACAAUUUUAAAAUGUGAGGCAAUAAGAAUUACUUCAUGUUGGAUUUGAAGAAUCUUGGUAACAGUUUCAUGUAAAUGAAAUGGUAAUGCUCUCCUAAAAUAGCAAUAAACUGAAAAUGGAAGUGUUAAUUUUACCUUGUUUGAGUAAUCAGGGAACUUGGUAAGUGAUAUCAGAGCAUUUUAUAAAUGAUAUCAAAGAAGUCAACAUUGAUCCAGUAGUUUUACUUUUUAACAAUAGAAGGUUAAUUGGUUUAUAUAAUAGAAUAGUUCAGGAGACUUAGAAACCUUUAUUUCAACUUUCUUAACUGGAAAUAACAUUUAUAAAGGGACACUUAAGUUUUUCCCUUUUUUUAUGUUGUUAAAUGUAACACAGAUGUUUAGGAAAAUGCUUAUUGACAAAGUUUAUUAUGAUUUGUAUUAAAAGCAUAGAGAUAACAGUCUAAAUCACUUUGUUUAUUAGCAUAUUUAAUCAUAUUUGAGACUGUCCUGUGCCUGAUUAUUUUAGCUUAAUUCAGGGAUAUUGCAUUGGACAGAAAAUCAUGCAUUGAGAAGUUUAUAACCACAAUUAUUUAAGCAUAAUCUGAAAACAUCUAGCCCAAAGGUAAGUUGCUUUUUUCAUCACAGUUGCCUAUUUAUAAUUGAAUUGGUUUUUCCCAUUUCUAACUGGAAACAAAGCAGAAGGGGUGCCAUUAAUUUGAAUAAGCAAAACAUAACUGUUCUUAACAUCCUGUAAUCAAAAGGAGGAAUUUCAGUGUGUCUCUGUGUAUGUAUGAGAGUAUGUGUGUUUUAAGGUCAGAAUAGGUUUUUUUCCCUACUUGUUCAGUAGAAAAUGGACAUCAAGUUUGAACAGAUAAAGCAUGAACAGCCUUAUUGAGAUUGAAAUGCUUAUAGGUUCUGUGCCAAUUUUCCACCACUUGUGUACUUUGUUGCUAUUUAAAACUGUAUCAACUCUAACAGAAGAAUAAAUUAUUUGUGAUUUAAA